GGGAAGAGCUCAAAGCGCAUAGGAUUUGACAGAUGUUCGAAACGGAUAAACUGCCCCGCAAAGAAGAGAGUAUUGGCGAGCAUUUCGGAUUUACAUAGUAGUAGCCUAUAUACGACAAAAUGUCUGGACAAAAUAGUGCGAAUCCGUGUAAUAAAUUCCAAGCCAACAUUUUUUAUAAAAGUAAAUGUCAGAACUGCUUCAAGUCUCAGGAGCUGCAUCUUCCGACUGAUCAUUGUAAGGACCAGGCCAAACCCAUCUAUGGAGGCUGGCUCUGCUUGGCUCCUGAGGGGACAGACUUUGACAAUCCAAUUCAGAGGUCAAGGAAAUGGCAGCGUCGAUUCUUCAUCCUGUAUGAACAUGGCAGCUUGAGCUUUGCACUGGACAAGUUGACAAGCACUCUGCCACAAGGCACAGUGAACAUGAAUCUGUGUACAGAGGUGAUUGACGCAGAGCCUAAGACAGGCCAGAAGAACGCUUUGUGCGUCAUCACACCUGAACAGGAGUUGUUUAUCCGAGGGGAGAACAAGGAGAUCAUCAAUGGCUGGAGUGAACAACUAGUUGUUUACCCACAGACCUAUAAGCAGAAUCAGAAGAAGAAACGUAAAGUAGAACCCACUACUUCCCAGGAGCCCAGCCCAGCAAAGAUGGCUGCCACUGAGCCCAGUUUCUCAGUCAUGGAAAGUGGUGACCCUCGCUCCAGCCUGUGGCAGGGAGAGCGGCCUGGUGGGGGUCCGGAUGCGGCCCCUGUCUGGACUGUGACAGAUACUGAUCCCCCGGGCCUGGACGAGACCCCUGCAGGUCAUGAUUCCCUCUACCUCCCUUCAGCCUCCAGUGACUCCCUGACCUUUGACAGUAGUCUGCGACUCUACAACGGCUCCUGUAUCAGUAGCUCUGUGAGUUCCCUGGACUCUGUGGCUAGCGAGGGGACUGACACCAGCAGCGACAGCCAGCCCACAGAGCCUACGCCAUACAGAGGCCUCCCACCUGCCAACAAGAACAACAGGGCAGAGAGAAGCUGUUACAAUGAGCCAGGGAAGGCUGGGAAGAGUGCUGUGGGAGAGGACCUGGGUCAGGCUGGAUCCAGGAAGGGCAGGAGUGAAGCUCGCAGCAACCAGAGAGAGAAACUGCAGUCGUGUGGAGAUCUAAGCCCAGGUCAACUCACCAUCCCUCCUCCUCAGAGAAGAGCUAAGUCACUGGACCGCAGGACCUCGGAGUCUGUCAUGACUCCUGAUUUGCUGAACUUCAAGAAAGGGUGGAUGGUGAAACUGGAUAAAGGGGAUCAGUGGAGGAAAUACUGGUUUGUGCUGUCAGCUGACAGUCUGAGGUACUACAAGGAUUCCCUUGCAGAGGAGAACUCAGAUCUGGACGGGGAGAUUGACUUGACCAAGUGUCAUAAUGUCUCAGAGUACCAGGUCCAGAGGAACUACGGCUUUCAGAUCCAUACCCAGAAGUGUGUCUUUACUCUGUCAGCCAUGACUGCAGGGAUACGGAGAAACUGGAUCCAGGCCCUCAUGAAGAAUGUCCAUCCAUCUAACGCUCCUGAUGUAGCCAGCAGCUUGCCAGUCCAUAGUAUCCCCUGCAGCCCAUCAGAGUCCCUGGCCCUCCCUAAGCCAGAUGUGACCCAGGACUCCUCCCCCUCCUCUGAGGUCCCUACAGAGAGAGUCCAGGGGCCCAAACAGAGCCGCAUCCGUGAGAGGAGACGCGAAGGGCGCUCCAAGACCUUUGACUGGGCUGAGUUCAGGCCUAUGGUCCUGCUAGCCUCUGAGCAGGAGGUGCAGCAGGAGGAGACAAAGGAGCCUCUUCAGAUGGAGGUAGGGGACCUGGAGAGGAAGAGGAGGCGAGAGGAGAGGAGGAGGAGGUAUGACAGCAUGCUAGGCUUCCCUAUGAGAGACAUCAGUCCCAGUUCACCCAGGACUCACCAGAGGGUGCAGAGGGAGAUUGAACAAUGCUGGCAGCAGGUGGAGAGGACUGCCUAUAGACAGGAGAAGACUGUUCCAUUGUACACUGAGUCCAAGGGCAAGGAUAAAGAGGAUAUGGGGAUUCUACUGGAGACCUACAACAGGAGGGUUGAGGAGUUGAAGGGCCAGUUGGCAGAGUCGGACCAUUGCAGGCUUGAGCUGGAGGCUCAUUUGAGCACUGCAUUAGGACGUCAGCAUCAUGCCUCCCUGCCGCUUGAGGCCCUGUUGUGCCCAGAAGCUGAUCUUCCCUCUUUGAAAAGCCUGACUGACAUGUACAGGGAGACCAGAGAGCUCCUCCAGCAACAGGAGCUGAAGAGACAGAACAUACAGGAGCAGCUUGGCCUGUCCCUGUCAUCAGGCCCUCUGGAGAAACACAGCUCCCCUGGAACUCACCCAUCACCACCACCCAGCAUCUGGCUGCAUGGUACCGAGGGAUACCUCCAGGAGCUGGAGAAUCUGUUCCCUGACUGCUCUAUAUCAGUAAACACACCUGUCAUGUCACCAACCUCAGACACAGAACUCUCAUCUGACUCUGUGCCUCAGAAUGGAAGUGAGAACAGAGGGCCUAACUCGGGCAGUGAAACCAGCUCUCAGAGACAGUUUGAAAACGGAAGCCAUCAACAGACAUCGAUUCCAGAAUCGCACACAAAGAGUUGUGCAUGGAGCCCAGAUUCACUGAGCAUGGAGGAAACUCAGGAAAGCGCAAACAGCAUGACAAUAGACAACCUGCUAUGCUCUGAGACACCCAGGCCCACAGAGGAGUACGUAGACCCAGACCAGGCCAUCGUGAUGAGGAGACUAUCCCAGGAGGUAGAGCUGCUCAGCAGCCAGAACGAGGCCCUCAACCAGCGCAACCAGGAGAUGCUCAACCAGCUGACAGAGGCAGACAGAGAGAUAGAGAGACUGAAAGCAGAGCUUAUCACUCAGUACAGUGGGCCCCAGUUCCUCCCUGAGGCGGAGCAGCACAGCCAGGCCAAAGUGGAGGGCCUGGAAAAGGAGCUGCGCAGGAGAGAUCAGCAACUCCAGGAGGCCCAGUCCCUACUAGCCUCAAUGGACCAGCAUCUGAAGGAGACAGAGGUACAGCUGCAGCUCAGGAAGGUCACUUUCAAAGGCCUGGGCUUCCCAGCAGAAGAGGAGGAGGAAGAGGAGGAUGAAGAGGAGGAAGCUGGGGAGGAGAAUAUCAACACACACCACCUUGGAGAGAAGGAGCGGGAACACCUUCAACAGUGUCUGCAGGCCAUGGAGGCCAAGCAAUUAGAGCUAGAGAGACAGCUCCAGCACACAGAACAGACUUGCAGGGAGCUGCAGACCCACAACACUGAACUCAGAGAGGCUGAGAGGUUGUACACCCAGAGAGCCAUGGAGGCAGAGGCUGACAUCGUAAGGUUUAAUGAGGAAGUAGAGAAGGUAAGGACGGUGGAGAAAGAAAGUGGAUUGAGGUGUAGCAGUGAAGGCAAAUGGCAGGAGGAGGUAAUAUUGGUUUCAGGUGAAGAAAGGGUUCAGCAAGUGGUGGAAGGGAUAAUGUUGAUGUCCAGAACCUUAGGGAGAGUAGCGCAGGUGAUUGACAGGUCAGAUAUGAAUGUGGUAAAGGUGCCAUUAGAUAGAAAGUGUUUGGAGGUGAACCAGACAGUAGUCAGGCAGUUUCACUUAGAGGAGGAGUUUUGGGGAAGGCUGUUGAACAGUUUGAAGGUCAACCCAUCUCAGUCCAAUGAGGAUAAACUCACAGAUAUGAUUCUAAGUCAGAUUUUAGAACAGAUGGUAGUGGAAAAGCAAAUGCUCCUCCUAGCUCAUAGUCUUUUCUCUCAUAAUAAGAAAGAUUUAAACACAGACACUGGAGGCCUGGACAGGAUGAAUAUAUGCAGGUCUUUGAGAGACCUGGACAUAAUUGGAAACAUAGCAGGUGAAACAGGUUCAGAAAUGAAAGAGGAUGAUGAGAGGAUAUCGAAUGUGUACAACCAGCAUAAUGACACUGAUGACUUCAUAAGCCGACAUUUCACAGAGAUCACACAGGAGAGAAUUUUCCUGCUCAACCAAAUCGCCUCCUCAGUCGGAGCCUCAGCCAAUGAUGAGCUCCAGUCCCUGGCACAAAGACUUUGUCAUUUCCACAAUGUAAAUGAGCCCCGGUUAGCUUCCAUACACUGCACCGCCAUGGAAGCCUUCUCAUCCUAUCGUCUCAGUAGGCUUAACACUCUACACAAGAGCCAACUUCAAGAGACUCAACAGGGACUGCUCAUUGCUUCUCCUUUGAUGUGUAGCAGAUGUGCUGGGCUGCUGAGUGAAAACCAGCAGCUUGGGGCCAGACUGUCAGACCUGGAGAGACAGUGGAGUUCCUCAGUGGGAUUAGGGAUGACCACCCUGAGGCAGGGAGAACACAUAGACUCACAGCAAACAGACACAAAGCUACUAGACACUGCAAGUGAGCAGAAGACAGAGACGCCUGCAAUAAAUGCUGCAGGUAAAAUGGAGGUGGAAAGCCCAAACCAGGGAGUGACUGCAGUAGAGGAAGUGUGCAGGGUUAGAAGGUGUGCGGAAGUGGUGGAGGGUGACUACCUGACCAACAGCAUGGAGAGUCCAAUGAUAAAGGUGGAGAGUAAGCUAGAUGAGGUAGAGAAAGGAAUCCAGGAAGUUGAUACUGAUAAGGAUGUAGAGGAGAGGAGCACUGCUGAACCCCAUGAAGAAGCAAACACUCUGGGGGAAGAGGAGCUGGAGAUUGUGUUAUCAUCACUGAGAGGUCGUGUGAAGGAUCUGGAGGAGCAGCUGUCUGUCAUGGCCGACAUUAAAGCAGAGCAUGAUGGGAGAAUGGCAUCUCUCCAGCUGAAACAUAAGGAGGACAUAGAAAAGCUAAAGGCAACAUAUGAGCAUGGCUUUGUCACCAUGGAGGAGUCCCAGCAGAGGAUCCUGGGGGAGCUGCAACACAGACACCAGCAGGACCUGCAGCGCCUGCAGAUAGACACAGACAGACUGCUGGAGGAGGAGACGGCUGCCACUAUCACAGCAAUUGAAGCAAUGAAGAACGCUCACCGUGCCGAACUCAAGAGAGAAUUACAGAGGGCAUGCCAUGAAAACAACAAUGCAGGAGACGUGAAUCUUGGAGAAAUAUGCAGGCAACACAGUGAGGAGCUGGCCUCCUGUCACAGGGAGCUGGAUGUGUUGUCCCAGCAGUACUCUCUAAAGUGUCUGGAGAGCUCCCAUUUAGGUCAGGCCCUGGAGGCAGAGAGACAGGCUCUGUGUCAGUGUCAGCAGGAGAACCAGGACCUCAGGACUCGCAACCAGGAGCUGAGUGGCCAUCUAGCUGCAGAGAUCACCAGACUGUGCUCUCUGGCUAAGCAGGACGCCUUCCCUCUUAGUCAGGAGAGAGAUGUGUAUGAGCUGGAGAUCACCCUGCGUGUGAAGGAGUCAGAGGUGCAGUGCCUCAAGCAGAAGAUCACCUCGCUCAAGGACGAACUCCAGACAGCCCACAGGGAUAAGAGGUAUGCGACAGAGACGUACAAGGACAUCUACACAGAGCUGAGCAUCAUGAGGGCCACGGCAGAGAGAGACCUGGGACAGCUCAGGGAGAACCUGAGGCUGGCCCACAAAGCACUGGGAGAGCUCUCACCUGCAGUGUACACAGAUAAUAAUGAGUAUCAAGGAAGGUAACUGGUGCUGAACAAAGAAGAGACACAACGCACAACAUGGAUUGUUCAUCAGUCUAUCCAUGUUUACACCAUUUAGCACUUAGAGAUCCAAAGUUAUAUUGUCAAACAUUUUAUGUCCUAUCUACCGUUUCUAUACUACAGAAUUUUUAAAGCGCAUUAUUUGAGGAUUCUGUAUUUUUACAUCAUUGUAUCUAAACGCACUCUACUAUUUAGCCUGUCUACGUUUGUAAUGCCGAUUAACAUUUAUUUCAUGACGUUUGUAAAAUGUAUAGAAUUAUUACACUGCUAUGUCCAAUCCAGUUACUGAAUGAGGAUAUUUCUAAAGACAACUCAGAUUAAGUUUGCCUUUCUUCCCUGUGAAAUACAAGAACAAUUAUUUAUGUACUGUCUGAGUCUAUAAUGUAAAAGUAUUAUUUGUUUGUGUAUGGGUGGUUUUCUUUGGAGGCGUUUAUCUUGGUCCUGCUAGUACCCAUUUUGCUGUUCUUUAUUCCAUGUCAAGUGAUCUAAUUAUAAAUUAAAUGUAUUUAUUUUUA